AGUGAAAAGCCCCCGUAGAAGCGCUGUGAGAGAUAGAGAGUUCUUCCCAUCACAAUAAAACCUUAUCUUUCACCAUUCUUCUAUCUCUCUUUCGGAGCACUCUCCGACUCUCAGCCGCUCCCCCCCCCCCACAAUUUCCUGUCAAACACAGGACGUUGUGGAUUAAUUUUCCCCAACGGAGCUCCAUUGAAUUCUUUUAUUCUCCAUUUUCAAUUUCACAACAAACACACACAACUCGCCUCGAUGGAAUCGAAGGACUUAUCUCAACAACCGUCGCUGCAGAACUCUGCCUUCUCAGGUUCUUCUUCGACUUACUCCUCGUCCUUUUCGUCUUCUUCCGUUGAUUCCAAUGUCGAUAUGCCCUCCCGAGAAAUGGAGGUUAGUGAAAUUAAAACUGGUGUUGGUGGCGAUGGGGAUGGUAGUGAUGGUGGUGGCUCGGAAACUGACGGGUUUCUGAGUGGGGAGGAGGAAUUUGAAUCUGCUUUUGAUAGACCUAUUGUGGAGUAUCCAGAGGAAGAAUCCUUCGGAAAUUCCAUCAAAGGGGGUGAUAGUGGUAGUUCUUUUGUGAGUUGUUCGGAAUUUUCGGCUCCCGAAAGUGUUAGGCCAAUUGCGAAGAUUUCUGUUGAUAGUGACGUCGAGGAGGAGGAUGAAAGCCUGGGGAGGAAUGAGGAAAGGGAUGAUAAAGUGGAUGGAGAAGAUUUUGUUGAUAGUAAGGGUAAUGAAAUUGAGAUUCCAGUUGAAAAGGAGGAGGCUCUCGUAUCUGGCGGAAAUGCGGAUGUGAGUGAUGUGGUGAAUGAAGGGGAUGCUAGUCAAGUUUACGAAAGAACGUUUGAGUUGUCGGGGAACACAAAGGAGAGUGACGUGCCUGAAAGUUCAAUAGCUGAGGAUGUUGGCUCUGCGUUCGAGGAAACUGCUAAUGGUGAGAAGCAGGUGUCGGAGGAGGAUGAAUUGAAUGAUGUGACAGUCGAACAGCGACAAAAUGAGGCUUCAAAAGGAGGAAAAGAAGCAGUGUUGAAUAAAGAAAGUCCGAUGACUGAGAGGCAGGCUGAUGAAGGAAUUGGCUUAAAUGAGAAGGUGGUUGCUGAAGUUGUAGAACAAUUAAAAGAACAGGAAUCUCCUGGUUCUUCUUCUGAUGACAAAGCUGAUUUGGGAGACCAAGCAAGCUCUAAGCUUUCAAAACUAGCAGAUAGUAAACAAGAAGCAGAAACGGAAAAAGGAAGUCUCAUGGCUGAGAACCAGGCAGAUGGGGAGGUCGAAUUGAAUGACAAGGUCGCUGCUGAAGACGGAGAGCAAUUAAAAAGUUUGGAAACUGGUUCUCCUAUUGACGACAAAGCUGUUCUGGGCGAUGACGAAAUCUCCAAGUUUAUAAAACUAGCAGAUGGAGGACAAGAAGUAGAAAUCGAUAAAGGAAGUCCUGUGGCUGAGACGCAAGCAGAUGGGAAGAUUAUAUUGAAUGACAUGGAGGAUGCUGAAGAUGGAGAACAGUUACCCAAAUUGGAAUCUGGUUCUUCUGUUGACAGUAAAGACGACCAGGAUGAUCAAGCAAACUCCAAGGUUGCAGAGCUAGAAAACUCUGAGUUUUUAGAACUAGCAGAUGGGGGAGAAGAAGCAGAAAUGGAUAAAAGAAGUUCUGUGGCUGAGAUGCAAGCAGAUAGGAAGAUUAUAUUGAAUGAGAUGGAGGAUGCUGAAGAUGGAGAACGGUUACCCAAAUUGGAAUCUGGUUCUUCUGUUGACAGUAAACACGACCAGGAUGAUCAAGCAAACUCCAAGGUUGCAGAGCUAGAAAACUCUGAGUUUUUAGAACUAGCAGACGGGGGAGAAGAAGCAGAAAUGGAUAAAGGAAGUUCUGUGGCUGAGAUGCAAGCAGAUAGGAAGAUUAUAUUGAAUGAGAUGGAGGAUGCUGAAGAUGGAGAACGGUUACCCAAAUUGGAAUCUGGUUCUUCUGUUGACAGUAAGGCUGACCAGGAUGAUCAAGCAAACUCCAAGGUUGCAGAGCUAGAAAACUCCAAGUUUUUAGAACUAGCAGAUGGGGGAAAAGAAGCAGAAGUGGAUAAAGGAAGUCCUGUGGCAGAGAUUCAAGCAGAUGGGGAGAUUAUAUUGAAUGACAAGGAGGAUGCUGAAGAUGGAGAACAGUUUCCCAAAUUGGAACCUGGUUCUUCUGUUGACAGCAAAGCUGACCAGGAUGAUCAAGCAAACUCCAAGGUUGCAGAGCUAGCAGAUGAAUUUACUGAUUCAGUUUUAGAUAACAAAAUCUUGCAUGAAAGUUCAUUGGUAUCAGUAACAGCUGCUGUUGGUAAUCCGGUGGAAAUAAAGGAUGUAGGAAAUAGGGAGACUGCGGAUUUGGUACAUGGAGCUGCCAAAUUGGAUAAUGGGUUUGAUAAUGUUGGGCAUGAAACGGAUGAUUCUGUUGACCAUAAUUCUUUGGUUUCGAACCCUGAGAUUGACAAUAACAUGCUGGAAGUCAGUAUUGCAGUUGCAGCAGAAGAAACUGUCUCUCAUGGAGACAGAGAAAUUUCGGCUUCUGAUAUUGCGAAAAAUGAAAAUCUUGCGGCUAUGGAUGUAGAAGAUCAGCAGCCUGAUGAAAAAGACUCUAAAUAUGAUUCUAAAAUAAGAGAGGAUUUGCCUGGUGAAGUUGAACCUAAACCAUCUCAGGAGGCUAGGUCUUUGGUUAAAGAAAGCAUCCCUGAUAAUGCUUCAGUGAUAGAUAGUGGAAUUUCUGAUGCUCCCAAGGCACUUAAACCAGUUUUGAAUGAAGUAGAUGGGGAAAAGCAUCCUUUAGAUGAAGAAGGUGAUAUUGAGGGUUCCGUUACAGAUGGAGAGACUGAAGGUGAGAUAUUUGGUAGUUCUGAAGCUGCUAGAGAAUUCAUGGAGGAGUUGGAAAGAGCCUCAGGAGCUGGUUUCCAUUCUGGUGCAGAGAGUUCUAUUGAUCAAUCACAGAGAAUAGAUGGUCAGAUUGUCACAGACUCGGAUGAAGCAGACACAGAUGAUGAAGGUGAUGGAAAGGAGUUGUUUGAUUCUGCUGCUUUGGCAGCACUUUUGAAAGCAGCUAGAGAUGCUGGCUCAGAUGGUGGCCCUAUCACUGUGACAUCUCAGGAUGGCUCCCGGCUUUUUUCCAUUGAACGUCCUGCUGGUCUUGGCUCCUCGCUUGUAACUGGAAAAAAUGCUUCCCGCCCAAGCCGCCCUCUCUCAUUUGCCCCAGCAAAUCCUAGAGUGGGGGAUGAUUCUGAAAAUAAAUUGAGCGAAGAGGAGAAAAGUAAACUACAAAAGUUACAGCAGAAAAGGGUGAACUUUUUAAGGCUUGUUCAGAGACUAGGUGUUUCUCCGGAUGAUUCAUUAGUCGCACAGGUUUUAUAUCGUUUUGGGCUUGUAGCUGGUAGGUCUACUGGUCAGCUAUUUAGCUUUGAUAAUGCAAAAAAUACUGCAAUGCAGCUUGAAGCGGAAGGAAAGGAAGAUUUGGACUUCUCAUUGAACAUACUUGUUCUUGGGAAAUCGGGUGUAGGAAAGAGUGCAACUAUAAAUUCAAUUUUUGGGGAAGAUAAAACUCCAAUCAAUGCAUUUGGGCCUGGUACAACUUCGGUGAAAGAAAUUAUUGGGACAGUAGAAGGUGUUAAGAUCAGGAUUUUUGAUUCACCUGGUCUUAGAUCCUCUUCAUCUGAGCGCCGUAUCAACCACAGAAUUUUAUCCUCAAUUAAGAAUGUAAUGAAAAAAUUUCCUCCUGAUAUUGUUCUUUAUGUGGACCGGCUGGAUAACCAAACCAGAGAUCUUAAUGAUCUUCUGUUGUUAAGAUCAGUAUCCAGCUAUCUUGGUUCUUCCGUCUGGAAAAAUGCCAUUAUUACUCUUACUCAUGCUGCCUCUGCUCCACCUGAUGGUCCAUCUGGUUCCCCUUUGGGUUAUGAGGUGUUUGUUGCUCAACGGUCUCAUGUUCUUCAGCAAACUGUUGCUCAAGCUGUUGGUGAUCUGCGCAUUCUAAAUCCAACUUUAAUGAAUCCGGUUUCUCUUGUCGAAAAUCAUCCCUCUUGUAGGAAGAAUAGAGAUGGCCAGAAGGUGCUUCCCAAUGGUCAAAGCUGGAGGCCUCAGUUAUUACUUUUAUGUUUCUCUAUUAAAAUCCUGGCCGAAGUAGGAAAUCUUUCAAAAGCUCCAGAGACAUUUGACCACAGGAAGCUUUUUGGUCUCCGUAGCCGUUCACCUCCUCUUCCAUAUUUAUUGUCUGGUUUGUUGCAAUCCCGCACACACCCAAAGCUACCAUCAGAUCAAAAUGGUGAUAAUGGUGAUUCUGAUAUUGAUUUGGCCGACUUGUCUGAUUCUGAUCAAGAAGAGGAGGAAGAUGAGUAUGACCAGCUCCCUCCGUUCAAGCCUCUCAGAAAUUCUCAGGUUUCUAAGCUUAGCAAAGAGCAAAGGAAGGCAUACUUUGAGGAAUAUGAUUAUCGGGUGAAGCUGCUCCAGAAAAAGCAGUGGAAAGAGGAAUUAAAAAGGAUGAGAGAUAUGAAGAAGGGUCAACAACCUACUGUAGAUGAUUAUGGCUACAUGGGGGAAGAUGACCAGGAAAAUGGUGGUCCAGCUGCUGUGCAGGUUCCUUUACCUGACAUGGCCCUCCCUCCUUCUUUUGAUGGUGAUAAUCCAGCUUACAGAUUCCGAUUCUUGGAGCCAACGUCUCAGUUCCUGGCGAGGCCAGUCUUGGACACCCACGGUUGGGAUCAUGACUGUGGAUAUGAUGGUGUGAAUCUUGAACACAGUAUGGCCAUUGUUAGUCGAUUUCCUGCUGCUGUUGCUGUUCAAAUUACCAAGGACAAAAAAGAAUUCAAUAUCCACUUAGAUUCCUCGGUUUCUGCCAAGCAUGGAGAGAAUGGUUCUACCAUGGCAGGUUUUGACAUUCAAAAUAUUGGAAGGCAGCUUGCAUACAUCCUUAGAGGAGAGACAAAAUUCAAAAGUUUCAGAAAAAACAAAACAGCUGCUGGGGUAUCAGUGACAUUCUUGGGAGAGAAUGUGUGCCCAGGAUUUAAAGUUGAAGAUCAGAUUACACUUGGGAAGCGUGUUGUACUGGUUGGUAGCACUGGCACUGUCCGAUCUCAGGGUGAUUCUGCAUUCGGGGCCAAUCUGGAAAUGCGGCUGAGGGAGGCCGACUUUCCAAUCGGACAAGAUCAAUCAUCACUUGGUUUAUCUCUUGUAAAAUGGAGAGGAGACACGGCUUUGGGGGCAAACUUUCAGUCACAGUUUUCUGUUGGACGAAGUUACAAAAUGGCAGUACGUGCAGGAAUCAACAACAAACUAAGUGGACAGAUCUCUGUCAAAACAAGCAGCUCUGACCAACUUCAGAUUGCUCUUCUGGCUCUCCUUCCUGUUGCCAGGGCUAUUUACAACAGCCUACGUCCUGGAGUUGCCGAACAUUACUCAGCCUAUUAGGUUAUGUUUCAUCUUUCUAUAUCUUUCUGUUCAUUCCUGUCGGCAUUGCACUGUAGGUUAUAGAUUGAGCACUUUCUGUUUUAUUAUUUUUGCUGAAUAAGUAAGAUUCUAUUGAUCUAUAAAUUUGAAUCUUCGCUUUCAUGUUGUUUGAUUC